AUGGACUUGUGUGGCCACGUUGCCAGGUGUAGCUGUCCUGCCCAACCCUCGCUUCACUCCUCUGCCGACUAUGCCGGUUGUUCGCCCUCCGAGCAUUCUUUCGAUACGGCGGAGGGAGGUGCGGGAAUGGAGUCGCACGCGACAGCACUCGAAGACGAGGAACAGGAUUCAGUAGAUAUCGUACAGACACCAAAGUAUAACGCGAUGAGGGACGGCACCUCAGACACACCACUCUUAUUUUGGGAUCGACAACCCCCUCUCGUUGCAGAAACACACAGCGCUUUUGAUAUGUCUCAUCCUCUGCACGAACCACUAACAAGAUACAAAGACACUUGGGAUCACCUGACGCUGGUAGACACCCAUAUUCAUUUCGUCACCGAGGUGAAAAAAAUUAAACGGCAACGGCGGAAAGUCCAGACUCUCAGAAUACAGGCAAGAGAUGAACGGAGCAGGAUGAAGCAUAUCCAACAUCGACUGCAAGAAGCCUUUCGAGGCUUUUUAAAGGCAAGCGGACCACUUCUCCCCAAAGGAAAUGGCCACGACAGUGCGACAGCCAGUAUGCAAGAGAUAGAGGCGGCAUUCAUGGAGCUAGAAGCCCAAGAUGUUGAUCUUGAUAUGGUUGAAUCGACUCUCAUUCCAGCGGAAUGGGAGUUGAAAGAAUCCGAGAAACAACUCUACGAGGGCCUAUUAGGACCAUCGGCCUCUGAUGGGCAUGAUUCCGAGAUUGGAGUUGAGCUGGCCCAAAAGAUCUCUGAAAACCUCUCUGAUAGACCUCAAUUGAAUGACAUUGUCGUGAGUCUACCGCCCGAGUGUGGGCCAACUAGUCAAGAACGACUAUCGGCACUAGCACGCCAACGACAGGAAGUGACAGAUAGGCUGGUGGACCUGUCUGAUGAGUACGCCGUGCUUCAAAAAGACAUCCAGAGAAGAAUAGCAGCUGGUGUGCUCGUGGACAAACUCUCCCGAGAGGCUCUAGAGGGUUUCCCAGAUAAACGGGCGCAAUUACUGAGAGAAUUGGCUGAUCUGACCACGGGCCUCGAUACUCUCAAUGAGAUGGUUGCUGAAGGCCCAAAUCUGAUGUCGAAGGAGUCAGACGUACUAUUUCGACACGAUCAAUUCAAGGACCUGCCAAUUGGCGACGAGACAAUGAGCCAGCCAGCUCUAACCGAGGGCGACGACGAGCUACAUCUCCAAGCCCACGACUAUGGGGAACGAAACAAUGACAUGCUUCCUUUUAUGUCCCAGCCUAUUUUGGAAGCCAUGUCGCAUGCCCAAGGUCUAGAGGCACAAUCUCCUAGCUCUCGAAUCGCUCAGUACUCAUCUGUCGCCUGGGAUCUACGUGGCUGGGACCCUGAGUCGCUUUCACUCUUUGUUUCCCUGUGGAUUCUUGAGUGUGUGAAAUCGUCGUGGUGGUCACUGAUCAGCUUUCUCUUCAUGAGUGACCUCGACGGGAUACUCUCGACCAAGACGGCUGAAGAUUAUAUCAAGAGAACGUGGUUUCAAAGCGACUCCGAUUGCACCAGUGAGCUUUAUUUCAGCGAAGAUCCAGAAUAUUCGGGUUUCUCGUGUGCCCUCGAGGAUGAUAUGCUCACACCUUCGUCUGAAGCUACCACCUCACAAGAGCUUUUGCGGGAGAGUCGGCCCUUGAAGCGGAGGCACAGCUCAGGAAACUCAGCGGCGACCACGACGCACAAAAGACUUUCCAACCACACCUAUCCGAAGACAGGCUCUGAGCCGGGGCCUAGCAAUGAAAGAAUAGUGGCAGAAUCUUUUACGCCGCCUUAA